CAACUUGUCAAACUAGUUUAUUUGAAACCCUUAAGCAGUCUCUCUUUAGUCAGCUUACAAGUCUGAAAAGAAUGCCAGGAUGCUGCUCAUUUGACGGGAAAUCACAAAGCAGCACGGAGGUGGAGGAGUUUGCAUUCUCAACAGUGUAUGAUGUAUCAGCCACCAAUACGAGGGAGAAGAAAAAAUUCCUUGAAACCAUGGAUGAUUGCCCUUAUCAUUACAGCUGUUGUGUUGACUCUAGCAAUAAUCAUCAGUCUCCUGGUGUAUUUUUUGGCAUUUGAUCAAACGGUACACUAUUACCAAACCUCCUUCCAGAUCCCCAGUAUUAAAUAUAAUCCUGAUUUUUCAGUAGAACACUCAAAAAUUAGGACUGACCUGAAACAAAAAAUCAGUGAAGAGAUAGAUAAUAUAUUCCAAAGUUCCAGUUUAAAUCAUCAUUACAUCAAGUCUCAUGCUAUCAACUUCAGGUCAAGUAAUGAUGGUUUGGAAACAGAUGUAUUACUUAAAUUUCAAUUUGUUUCUAACAACGCAGACACAAUAAAGAGACAAGCUGCUGACAUUUUAUAUCAGAAGUUAAAAUUAAAUGAAAGCUUCUUGAGGAUAGAUACAUUACCUUAUCUUACAGCUGUAAAUGAAGCACAAGCAGAGCACCUUCUCAACAGUGGUUGUGGUUUAGGGAGAGAGUCCCCGUCCAUGGAAAAAAUUGCUGCUGGUUAUGUUGCCAAGAAAGCCGACUGGCCAUGGCAAGCCAGCCUGCAAAUGGAUGGCGUGCAUUUCUGUGGGGCAUCUUUGAUCAGUGAGGAGUGGCUCCUGACAGCUGCUCAUUGCUUUGACACUUACAAAAACCCCAAACUCUGGAUGGCUAGUUUUGGAACAACUCUAAGCCCUCCACUAAUGAGAAGAAAGGUGCAGUCAAUUAUCAUUCAUGAAAACUAUGCUGCCCAUAAGCAUGAUGACGACAUCGCUGUGGUGAAGCUCUCCACCCCUGUCCUAUUUUCCGAAGAUGUGCACACGGUCUGUCUCCCAGAUACUACUUUUGAAGUCUUGCCUGAGAGUAAAGUGUUUGUCACUGGAUGGGGAGCAUUUAAAGCAAAUGGUCCCUUUCCCAAUACUCUGAGGCAAGUUGAAAUAGAGAUCAUAAGUAAUGAUAUAUGUAAUCAAAUUAAUGUAUAUGGUGGUGCUGUGUCAUCAGGAAUGAUAUGUGCUGGAUUCUUGUCAGGAAAACUCGAUGCCUGUGAGGGAGAUUCUGGGGGACCUCUAGUUAUAGCACGUGAUACAGACAUCUGGUAUCUUAUUGGAAUAGUAAGCUGGGGAAUAGACUGUGGAAAAGAAAACAAGCCUGGAAUUUAUACAAAAGUGACUCGUUAUCGGGACUGGAUUAAAUCUAAAACUAACAUCUAAUGCAACAAUCAUCUACCUCCAAAAUGUAAAUGUCAUGUGUGGUCUAGCAAAUUGUGUCUAGAGUGUGCUGCCAUAUAUUCUGUCUUCGAGUUCAAGAUGCAACUAAGCAUGAUCUGACAACUUUCCCCUUAAACAAGAGGAAAAAGUAGGCUUUCUUCCACAUAAUCUGAAGUGUUGUGGCCAUGAACAUAAAAGAUACUUAUCAACUCCUCAAAAAUCCAAGGUUGCUGCCAAGUGUCUCUGGUGACCACCUUCCUCACCUUUGUCCCUACGACACAACUUCUCAUUUUAGAGUAAUCCAGUAAUUUAAACAUUAAGUACCAAACGGCUAAGCAUUCUCUGUGUUUUUCCCUGACAGAGCACACUGCUCUCAUCUGACUCCACUGUUUUUACUUUCCUCAUCAUAUGAUUCUCAUUAAAAUCUAUAGGCCCAUAUACUAGACAAAUCAAGGUAAUUAGUUUUGGCCAAUGCUAUCACAAAGGAUGGAGGGGCACUAGAUAUGAAACUGGGACUUAAGAGGUAGCACUGCUGUGAGUCCUUCCCCCUGUGCCCUCAGAUGCAUAUUUAACCUGUCUUUGAAACUUGGAAAGAGUUGUAAUUUCUACUUACACCCAACAAAGCAGAUUUUAAUCUCUUUAAACAACUACACUGAUUUUUACUUUGGAAUGAUAACUAAAUCCUUGAAUCACACAGCAGGAGAACUGAAAAUAUUGCCUAGCACCGGGUUUUGUUUUAAACUUGUAAAAAUGUCAUUUGAGGUUCAGAAAAUAGAGUUUCUUGGCCUUUUCACUGGGUAGGAGUGAGAAGAAGAGGCAACGACUGGAUGAAAAGGAGCAACUUUCCCUCAAAAAAUGGGAGAAGUUCUAGUCUUGGUGUAAAUUUACUUUUCAAUUCUGUUUAAUUAUCUCCCAAUGCAGUUUAUUU